CCAGGGACAAUCGGAUCAUAUUUACUUUACCCAUAUCCGGGCCUACCUCCGAGAAUUGGAUUUUACACUUUCCGAAGCCUCCGAUAAUCUAACAGACCUUUCUACUUUCCCCCCUGCUGAUGAAGGUAAACUUAAAUGUCGAACCAAAAUUUACUAAUAAUCCCCUUCUAUUUUCACGCAUGUCAACUCUCCCGAACAUGCCUGCUCAUCCUUGGACCGUGCGCCUCCACCCUUACUUGCCAGUGUAUCAAGGAAUUGGACCCAUUCCGCUCUCCCGAAUAAACUUCGUGAUGCCUGUGAACAUACCAACGCCUUUGAAUAUGCUCCCCUUCAACCGUAACAACAACGACUCCCCUUGUUGCAGCCACCACCAUUACCUUCACUGA